AGUUGUUGAGUGAAAGAAUUAACAAUGGAAGCAGUAAUGGAUCUAUGGACUGUGUGUUCUUCACCAUUAAUUGUUCGAUUUAUUUAUAUUCUCCCAAAUUUCUCCGUCUCGUUCAUCUUCCCUCUCUGAUUCGUACUCGAAUCGAACUCAGUUCUUUUCUUUGAAUCUCCAUUGCUGAAUCUUCUGCUCCAUUUCUCGGAUUUUCCUGCAAAUUUCUUGUUCUUUCUCAUCGGAUUCAUCGCCAUUUUCCCCCAAAUCGACGCCAUGGGCAAGGGUGGUUCUCUCAGUGAAGGUGUUCUGAAGAAGAUUGUUCUCUCGUACACCUAUGUCGCGAUUUGGAUCUUCCUCAGCUUCACCGUCAUCGUCUACAACAAGUACAUUCUCGACAAGAAGAUGUACGAUUGGCCUUUUCCGAUUUCUCUUACCAUGAUCCAUAUGGGCUUCUGUGCUUCAUUGGCGUUCCUUCUCAUUCGUGUCUUCAAAGUCGUCGAGCCGGUUUCCAUGUCCAGAGAUCUCUAUCUCUCCUCCGUUGUUCCAAUCGGAGCGCUGUAUUCUCUCUCUUUAUGGCUUUCGAAUUCGGCUUACAUUUAUCUCUCUGUCUCGUUCAUUCAGAUGCUUAAGGCUCUGAUGCCAGUCGCUGUUUAUUCGAUCGGUGUUUCGUUGAGAAAGGAAAGUUUCAAGACGGAGACGAUGGUGAAUAUGCUGUCGAUUUCGUUUGGUGUUGCUAUUGCUGCUUAUGGCGAAGCGAAAUUUGAUGCCUGGGGUGUGGUUUUGCAACUCGGCGCCGUUGCAUUCGAGGCGACUCGACUUGUUCUAAUCCAGAUUUUGCUUACCUCUAAAGGAAUCUCGCUGAAUCCAAUCACUUCCUUGUAUUACGUUGCUCCUUGUUGUUUCGUUUUCUUGUUAGUGCCGUGGAUCUUCGUUGAGUAUCCAAUUUUGAUGGCCACAUCCAGUUUCCAUUUCGAUUUUGCGAUCUUUGGUACCAAUUCCUUAUGCGCAUUUGCCCUAAAUCUCGCUGUGUUCUUGCUUGUUGGCAAAACCUCCGCCCUAACGAUGAACGUGGCCGGCGUGGUCAAGGAUUGGCUCCUAAUCGCCUUCUCGUGGUCGGUGAUUAAGGACACCGUAACGCCGAUUAACUUGUUCGGCUAUGGAUUGGCUUUCAUCGGAGUUGGAUAUUACAAUCACUCAAAAUUGCAGGCACUGAAGGCUAAAGAGGCGCAAAAGAAGGCUGCUCAGGCCGAUGAGGAGGCAGGGACAUUGCUAGAGAAGAGGGAGAAUGACGGAUUGGUGAAGAAGAACGAAUCUGAAGCCUGAAUUCAGAGAUGAGAACGAAGAACAUAGCAAUAAUCCAGGAAGAACAAAGAACAAAGAGAAGGAUUGAUAUGGAGAAUUGGAGCAGCUGAAGAAUUUGGGAUCUCUACAUGAACUCAAAUUCAGGUUUUUGUUCUACAUUUCUUCAUUCUCCAUUGUUACUUUAGGCUUUUAGUAAUAUUAUUAGGUGCAUGAGAUUUGGUUCUGUUGCUUGAUUGAGAUGCCUGCCGCCAUUGAUGAAUGUGAUGAAGCUUGCAGAAUUAGAAAUUCUCAAACCCCAUUUUGCUUUCAUUAAUUAUUUCUUGACAGCAUCAUCCUCUUCCCCUUUUCCCAAUUUCAAUUCCCUUUUCUCUUACAACUGUUUAGGAAAACUAUGAAUGUUCAGUUGAGUGCUUAUCUGUUCACUUUAGGCUGUAUUCAAUUGUUCUGUUGCUAAUGAUACUCUGUGGAUUAGAUUUGGCUUUAUGGGUCAGUUCUGAUUAA